CCCGCUGUGUGCUGGACGUGACGGAGCAGUAUGGACCCGCGGAAACUGACAGAGUUAAAGGGUUUCGUGCAGUUGUGCGAGACCAGUCCGGAGAUCCUGCACCUUCCAGAGAUGGGCUUCUUCCGGACCUGGUUGCACAGCAUGGGUGCAACACUCCCUCCACCACCCAAGACAAAGGAGUCAUGUCAGGGUGGCUGUCCUUGUGGUCCUCCUCCUAAAUCAGCUUCAGCUCCUGAGCCCGAGCCUUCUGUGCUGACUGAGAGCGAGGAGAGUGAAAUAGAAAUCGACAACGAGGGAGUGAUCGAGCCAGACACGGAUGAACCACAGGACAUGGGAGAGUUUGAAAACAUUGAGGUCACAGAGGAGAUGAUGGAUCAGGCCAAUGAGAAGAAGAUGGAUGCCAUUAAUGCUCUAGGGGAAGGCGACCUGCAGAAAGCUCUGGAUCUUUUUACUGAAGCCAUCAAGCUGAAUCCCUGCCUAGCCAUCCUGUACGCCAAGAGGGCAAGUGUCUUCAUCCAGAUGCAGAAACCCAACGCAGCCAUAAGAGACUGUGACAGAGCCAUCAGCAUCAACCCAGACUCUGCACAGCCCUACAAGUGGAGGGGAAAAGCUCACAGGCUGCUGGGCCACUGGGAGGAUGCAGCCAGGGACCUGGCCACAGCCUGUAAGCUGGACUAUGACGAGUCCGCCAGUGCGAUGCUGAAGGAGGUCCAGCCUAGGGCUAACAAAAUCAUUGAGCACAGACGCAAAUACGAGCGCAAGAGAGAAGAGAAGGAGAUCAGGGAGAAACAAGAGCGGUUAAAGAAAGCCAGAGAGGAGCAUUCGCGGGCUCAGAGGGAGGAGGAAGCCCGACAGAGCGGAGGAGGAUUCUUCCCAGGCCCUGCAGGGUUCCCGGGAGGAGCCCCCUCUGGCAUGCCGGGUCUUGGAGAUUUCCUGAAGGAUCCUGAGCUGCUCAACGCCAUGAAGGACCCUGAGGUGAUGGUUGCCUUCCAGGACGUGGCACAGAACCCAGCCAACAUCGCCAAGUACCAGAACAACCCCAAAAUCAUGGCCCUCGUCACCAAGCUGAGCGCCAAGUUUGGAGCAUCACCACAGCCAUAGACGAGGAGAAAGACCAAAGCUGAGAGGAGAGUGGAUGUGUGGUGAAUCAAUCUGGAGAGCCACAACGCUUUUCAACAGUUAUUUCACUGUGUGCAGAUCAAACAGGGGAGUGGGUGACGGGUUAAUUGGUGUGAUGUAGAGAAAGCGGGGCAACGUUUUAAAUGUUCUUAAUCAGCCUGUUAGCACUUAGCAACUUCUCAACAAAGCAACCCGUUGGUUAGGAGUCAGGUCUGACAACCUCUUCUGACUCGUCUCAGCUGGGACUUGACUUAACCACAGGUUGACAUUUCUUAACCUGUAUCUGGAAACGCUAAACUGGGAGCUCCUGCAUUAAGACGCUAGCUCACAAACAUUUUGACAACCAUUUAAUACGUGGUAAUGGUUUAGCUACUGGUCUUUUCUUUGAACCGAACUGAACUCUCUGUUACUGGUCUUCAUGUUUGACCCUGUUGGUUGAAAAAUGAUUCACAAUAAUAAAACCUCUGUUGCAGAAUAA